AUGUAUCCAACAGAAGCAACAUCACCUCUCAACACGACUCCCUCUUCAGCAGCCUCACCAGACAACAUCACACCAGAUUCUGACUGCUUAUUAAACCGUCCCUACUUCUCACGUAACGAAACAGAACAUUACAUGGCAUUGUCGCGUGGGAAUAUUCCAAAGACCAAAGAGGCCGUGAUCAGAAUACAGUCUUGUAAUUUUAUUAGGGCCAUGGGAGAGAAACUUGGGUUCCCUCAGAAUACGAUAACUACAGCAAUGAUGCUAUAUCAUCGAUUUUAUUUGUUCCAUCCGUUAAAAGAGUAUCCGUCAAAUGUAAAGAUCUAUCCUCAAUGCUUCGAUAUAAGCACGACGUGCGUAUUCGUCGCAUCAAAGAUAGAGGAGACCUACAAAAAACUCAAAGAUAUACUGGUUGCAGCAUAUAAUGUUCGCCAUCCCCUAGGACCAGAUAUCAAUCCAGACGGACAGACCCUUGAAGAGCAACGUCGUAGAAUCAUCGGAUACGAGCGAUUGGUGUUGGAAAAUAUACGCUUUGAUUUCCAAAUACAACAACCACACAAGUUCCUUGUGAAGUUUAUUAAGAGAUUAGGAGGUGAUAAAACGUUGGCCCGUAAAGCAUGGACAAUUGUUAAUGACGCCUACAAGACAACGGCAUGUUUACGAUUUCCCGCGCAUGUGAUGGCCGCAGCGUCUUUGUGGUUAGCAGCAAAACUAUUGCACAUGGACUUUCCACCAACAAUGGCGGAUGGAAUGAAGUGGACCAAGCUUUUUUGUUGCAAAGCAGAUGACAUUGAAGAUAUAUAUAUGGAGCCAUCUGGAAACGCAGAUGAUCCAGCGAAUGCCGAAUUUAUACGGGUCAAGAUAAUAUUAAAUCAACAAGCGGAAGCGAGAGGAGCAAUAGCCUGCAAGGAAUCGUAA